AUGUCGCUUGCCGCUCCUCAGUUUGAGCAUGACCUCUUCGAGAAGCUCGAGAACCUGCUCACUCGGAUAUCGACACAACCGACCACUUCGACCAUUCGUCGGUUCUCGGCUCAACUGGAGGAUGCGGCACCGUGGAUCUCCAGCCUGACUCGACUGCCCGAGCCAAGUGAGGAAGACAGGCAAUCUUUGAAAAAGGAGGGCCUGACAUUACAAGAUGGAUCCAAUCUCAAAAUCAACGGCGAGUUACUCGCACUCACCAACAACGCCUCUUCGCUCCUAUCCGUCUCACACACUUUGGCAGCUUCGCUCGUCAGUCAGGCAUUACAGCUACGCAAUCACUAUGUCUCUCGCUCCAUUCUUGAAAUUUCGACUUACAUCCUGCACAACUUCCUCACAAGCAUGCUCUCUUUCCUUCACGAGCUAUUUCGCCUGACUAUCGGACCUGGAGCCGAGGAUAGUCCCCCGUUCGAUACCUUCAGGGAACGUAUACAACAGCUCUUAACCAGUCGUGUGGCUCUCAAGUCGGGAGAAGGGUCGCUUGUCGAUUUGAUACUGGAGCAAGUGGAUGCUCUGCAGAGGAAUUUAGAGACUUUGACUCAACAGCGAGCAACGGGACAAGAAUACGACUUGCUGGUCUACAGAGUCAAUGCCACUCGAGUCGAGCAGAAUAAGCUUGCCGGUCUCCUGAGCGUCAUUGCGCAAGGUGGAAUGCUGGGCAGAGGUCACGUCAUCAAAAUCCUCAAGUGGUUGAAGAACUGCAAUCGGAUGGAUAGCGUCGCAGGUACAAUUUUUGCAGUCUUUCUUUGCGCCUCUACACCUAUCGAUCAUAUCCCAGAUAAUGAUCCACGGUACGAUAUGAUUCUAGACCGAUGUCGAGAUAUCAAAUUUCUCAAGAUUGCCUCGAAUUUGGUCUUUGUCGAGAACUGGACAUUACCUCGGUUGCGCGAAGCUGCCAAACUCCCAUGGGCACUGUUCAUCCUAUCCACUCUGAGGCAGGACCCAAUGGCAGCUCAAGUUGGAAUCGAUCCUCCGACUGCUGAUCAAUUCCUGUACGACGGAGUCAACGGAGAAGCCUUUCAAGGUCUGCGUGCGAGGAUUCUCGACAUUCGCAGGGACCGGAAUCUAGACGUGGAGGAUCCAGUCACCAGUGUGGACGUUCUCGCUCAUAUGGCUAGCAAGAGCGACAGCGAGAAUGAUGAAUUUUACCUCGAACAGGUUCAGAUCCUGAUUCAACUCCUUGCCGCGAAGAAAAAUCUUGUCAGAAAUCUUCGGAAUCGCGAGGAGGACCUCGCCAUCAGACGGUCAGGUACAGCUCCAGCAAAUUAUCAAUCCUUCCUCUCACUCGUCGCAUCAGUGUACGGUACCCUUCCACCGGAUAGCGCAGUGACACUAUGGGACGAUCUUUCUUUCAUCGGCACGGUUCUCGAUCAGCGUGGCAAUUCUACACCUGCAUUCUGGGACAUGCUAGCUGCCAUCUCUCGUGGCAAGGCAUGUUCAGGUCGGGCACAUGAUCGCAUGAGCGAUAGCAGAUGGUCUUGGGCUGGUCUGUCCAAGUUUUAUCAAUACUAUUGGGAUCUAUUACCGCACAUCUUCGAACCUAUCAAGACCAACCGGACGCCAUCCCUCGAGCUCAUGGGUCACGAUGACAUUGCGCUCUGUGAGGGCUGGACGAAACUCAUCAUUGUCAUUGUCCAGUGGUCUCCUCUAGCUCGCACAACUCUUCUACAGUCAAAGCCAAAUCCUUUGUCCAUUCUGUUCGACUUUAUGAACUGUGAAUUACCGCUGGAUGUCAAAACAGCCAUCCUCAAGGCUAUCACCGCGUUCAUCACUCCUGGUGAAGCAGAGGACGCUGGCAAAGCCGUCGAAUUCUAUGAGCGAAUCACCUACGCCGACCCAGGCCUCGACACGAAGCAUCUCGAACCCAACAAGAUUCCUGCGCCCAUCGGCUGGCUCGCAAAGAUGGAAUAUGCCGAAAUCGAGGUCGGGAUAUAUCCUCUGACAACGGCGUAUCUCGACUUCUUGACGACCUUGUUAUCUGCCGGUUCGAGUCCGAGGCUCCGUGCGACCCUGCGGCGGAGCAUAUACUAUGUCAUUGACAGGGUGCUCUUGCAGGCACGGCCGCUGAGUCGAGAGAGUGAACGAUGGGACAUCCUGGAUUCCGCUAUAGCCCUGCUGGAGAAGGCCGUGCUGAGAUUUGAUAUGAGCAGUCUGUCUGGACGACAACUCGGCCCAGCCGCUGAAGCCUUAUGGGAAGAGCCGGGCUUUGUGGUCAUGCUGCGUCUUCUCAGCGAACCUGGACCUUCCAAUGUGCUCUCGCAUAUCGUUGACACGGCGUCCAUCACUCCCCGAUCUCCAAUCAUGACCUCGGUCUUGCUCCGCACUCUUCGGAUGUACCAUCGGAUCCUGGACACUCAGCUGGUCUUCUCGGAGGUGCUCAUCCGGACACUAUCCGACCGCCAUGCUUUCCGUCGACCACUCAACCUCGUCUCAUUCGAUCACAUCCUCCUUACCCACCUUUCCAAUGUCAAUGCCAUUGCGCUGCUCGUGGGCGACGAUGGCUCCUCCGUCUCUUUCAUCGCUACGAAGCUCAUGCUUGCUUUGGCGUCAUCCCGCCUGUUUGGAGAAUCCGAUCGAUUCCUAGGAGAAUACGCUCAUCCGAUCAACCGUCUUGCUGGAAUUGUGGAUGCUUCAGACGAUUCCAUCAGGAUCAGUCAAGGAUUCUGUAAUCGCUUGGACGCGGAUGGUUCAGAAGUCUCCCCUGAGGAGCUGCAAUCCACUUCGGAUGCCGCGCUUCGAGGUGACAUUUCUCCAGAAUCCAUCGCCCACUUACCUUUAGCAAUUCGGUCGACCAUUCUCGACCUCCUCCUCGAAAACACGUCCCUGGACAUCACAGGACCGAACGUCGCCCACUUCCUCCUAGGUUACGAGUUCAAAGGACAUGAUUUCGUCCUUCAGGAUCCGAGCGAUCCCAAUUCUCGCCUCUCUUGUCUUCAGGUGAUACUUGAUCAAAUGAGUGGUGAUCCACUGGUCUCUAUCCACCCGGUCCUCGCAGCCAAGUCGGCACGUCUGAUGCAUCAGCUCUUCUCCCAUCCAAUCACUUCUCAAACAACCAUCUCCUUCGCAUCUCUGAAGGGCUACUCGACUAUUCAGCUCGCCUCCCUUCCACGAAAGUGUCCAUCUGCUCUGUCCCUGGAUGAGCAUGGCGCGGGAACCGUCAACGGGGAAGCCACUACUUCAAGUACAUUGGAAGCCUUCCUCGAGUUGCAGCGAGACGUCCUGUCUUGUGUUGCGCUUGAAACACAUACCUUUGGAGGGCGUGGGUCUUCUUCCUCGGCUAUCGCCAAUCUCCUAUUCAAUUUCAUCGACGAUGACUACGGUCAGCGUCCGCCUCUGAUCAUUGACUUACUGGGCAAUAUUGAUAUCGAAUGGGAGGAGGCCGGGUCCAACGAGGAUCGGCCUCUGGAAUUCUAUGGCUCAUUCGACUUUCAACCGUAUAAACGGACUGAUGCGGACUGGUGGGACCUCGAAGCUUUGAGGCCUGCUCUCGUGGCUCAUCGUCGCAAUUUGGAGAAACGAGGUGCUAUCGGUGGCUCCAAGGGAAUGGAAGAAGAGGCAGAUCAUCUGCUCUCUCGUCUCGCUGCUCUGAAUCGCAAGACGGAUAUCAAUCUCGCGAAAGGAUCUUUCCUCACCGCUUGGAGCGAAACACUAAAAGUGGCUCUCGGUCAACUCUUCUCCCACAUUUCAGACGACCGUCAGGAAGUCGUACUCAUCGAGCUACUGGAUGCGCUUCUGGAUCGCUUGAGCGGGGACGUCUCGCCUGGCGUUUUGGACAUCUUGGCAGAGUCCCUCCUGAUCAGCAUGAGCCGGCUCGUAGAGGUCAUGGCGGAAUACGAAGGUGUCAACCUACCCGUCAAGCAACUGUCACCGAGCUUUGCACGACUCGUCCAGGUCGUUUCCAGACCUGGCAUGACUGAGUCUUGUCGGGGCAAUCUGUAUGCCGCGAUGAACCAGUAUCUCUCCCUUCAACUUCCCUCGACUAGCGAUGACGGCGCAUCUGUCGUCUCCUCCGCCACGACCUUGCUUCCUGGAACCGAAUUCCAUCAGACAAAUCUUGUUAUCAUCACGGCGCACCGCGAGAGAUUGUUCCCAGUCCUAUGCAGGGACGCGAUGGACGUAAGAGACGUGUGGAAGACGGAGUGCUUUGCUUUGCUUGGCGUUAUCGUCGCUGCGUGCAGGAACGAUAGAGAGAGACAGGCCAUCUCUCCUCUGUCACAGAACGGUUUCCUCUCUUCGUUUGUCAGGAGUCUGAAGGAUCAAGAGAUCCCUCUGCAAGAGUGUCUGAACAAGGACGCAGACUCCCUACACGCUUACUGGGUCUAUGAAUCUAAGAUCACUUUCCUCUUGGCUUACGCUUCGACUCGUAAAGGUGCCGAGGACUUACUCGACGCUGGUCUGUUCGAAGUGCUAGCCAUGUGCAACUUUUUCGCCGUGGAGAUGAUCAAUGAGGAGACAACUGCGAAGGACUCAGAGGCCAUCACGCGUCAGCAUCGAGUGGUGAUUGCUGCUUUGCAGCUGGUGGCUCGGACUCUCUCAAGUCUACACCGUUCAGCGAGGUCUGGAGCAGGACAUGCCAUCAGCUUCCUCUACGCUCAUCGGAACGCCAUCCUGUUCCUGCUUCGGGAGAAUCAACAGAAUAUUCACUUGCUGGGGAUUGAAGAGUGCCGAUUGAUUAUUUCGCUCCUAGCUUUGGUGUAUCACAAAGUCCCCGAGGACGCCAAGCGCUCUGACACAGGAUUUGGUCUAUUCCACUCUGCUACUCUGGCAGUUGCUGCAAGGUUCUUUAAUCCCGAGUCGUGGCAGAAGAACCUGGCCGAUGAUAGUGAUCAAGGCGUGCAGGAAGGUGCGCCAAAGAGCUUGAAGCGGACCGUUGAUGCCAUAGCCCAACCUCAAGUCUUAAAUCUCAAUCAAGUGAUACUCUCAUACCUCGUCACUGCUACGGGUGGUCUGAAAGGGCAAUCCGGAUAUCCUGUGCUCGUCAACGCUGGGAUCAGAACGGAUCAAAACAAGUACACAGCAUCUGCGCCUUCGAUGGACACGCUCAUUGAGAUGCUUUCGGAUCUCGCUGAAGCUACUGAGGAUAUCUCUGCCGAGUAUCAAACCAUUAUCGAGUUGCUCGAUGAUGGCGGAUCGUUGGAUGAUCGCGUAAUUGAGCGACUAUCGGGUGCAGGUUUGCUCAAUGGACCUUGGACAGAGGACUCACUGCCGCUAGCUCUGACGAGUCAGACUCGGAUCCUAUUCAAUAUGAUCGAGUCCAUCCUCCUUCUCCUGUGGCGUCACCUUUUAUUCUACGCCAAUGACGCGAGAUCGACAACGGACGCAGUCAGAGCUGAUAACCUUGCAAUUUCGCUGAGCGGUUCCCUGACUAGCGGACUAGAGGGAUCAAGGUUGGCUCAAGGGAUGAUACAGAGUCUCGUUAGAUCCGCAGCGUCCCUAAGGGGAGUUCUAGAUAGGUUAUCAGAGAUAGACGUGCAACCAGAACUUCGUAAGGGUAAAAGCGAGGAUGCCUACUUUGGCAUGUUGAUGAGACGGCUGAAGGAGUUGACGUCGGGUUUGAUGGCUGCUUGA